CGAAUAAAGAUCUCACAUGGAUGUGUAUCACCAUAUCCACUAGGAGGGGUCGCUAUUGACUGCCUCUCUAUAAAGCUUAGCAAUCAAAGUAGCGAUCGAAGCUUACUGGAAUUCUCCAUUCUUGGAAGUAUUAAUAUGGUUCACAUAGAGAAGAAGCUGCAGAUACCGAGAAACUUUGAAGGUUUCGGAGAGGACAGUUUUGAUCCAAAAUGGCCGAACGGUGCUAGGAUCGCGGUAUCAUUCGUCCUGAACUAUGAAGAGGGAGGUGAAAGAUCCGUGCUAGAUGGUGAUGAAAUAUCAGAGCCAUAUCUUUGGGAGAAAGGCUCAUCGGGAGGCUUCCGCAAGAAUGCCAGAUAUCUAAAUGCGGAGCAGGACUUUGAAUAUGGAUCGCGCACAGCUUCAUGGCGUUUUAUCCGUCUGUUCAAGGAGUUUGGUUGGAAUUUCACCACUUUUGCGGUAGCUUUAGCCUUGCAAAAGAACCCAAAGUUUGCGCAGGCACUUGUUCGAGAUGGUCACGAGAUCUGCGCCCACGGUUAUCGAUGGCUCGAUAUAUGGGAUUAUGGUCUCGAGGAAGAUAAAGAGUACAUCAAGAAGACGCUCACGACACUGAAAGAGGUGACCGGUAGGAUGCCCACGGGUGCGUACUUUGGACGUGGUACACCCAACACCCCGUCGUUGUUUCCAGAAGUCUGGAAAGAACUAGAUGCUGAGUUUCUUUACUCUUCAGAAGUAUACAACGAUGACGUACCAUACUGGAUUGACCUCCCUUGGGAAGCUGAAUUGCCAGAGGAUCAAAGACAGGGAAUGCUCCUCGUACCAUACAACUAUGAUUGCAACGAUGGGAAGUUCCACAUGGCACCUGGAUUCGGUAGCUCUGUUGCCGAGACUUACGAGAAAUAUCUGAAGAAUACGUUUGACAUGCUCUACCGUGAGGGUGCGAGCUCUGGAAAGAUGAUGACCAUUCCCCUACAUACCAGGAUUACUGGCAAGCCCGGGCGCUGCGAGGCUUUGCGAAACUUCAUGAUGUAUAUUUCGGAGAAAGAAGAUGUCUGGGUGACAACACGAGAGCAGAUUGCGAGACACAUGCAUGAAGAGUUCCCAUACAAGCCGCAUGGGGCCUGGAUGAGCAAAGAAUGAUCAGGGGGUCACGCAUAAAACAAGCCACAUCGAUGUAGAUAACAGACAGUAGUUGUAGUCUAAGUAAGAGGUAAUUUAACGCUCUUAAGCAGAGUGGGAUUUACGCUAGAGCGGGUUAAGACUAGUGGUGAGACGAC